CAGGUAUGCGAGGCAGAGGCCUGCGCUUCUCGCAGAAAGGUCUCUGCUUUUCCCUAGAAAAAGGAGGAGAAAAUGACCAAAUUCCAGGUUUGAGGCACUGCGGGACAGUGCUCUGCGUCGCCGGUUCGCGACACCAAAGGUGCUGCCUUCCCCUGACCGUUUUGCCGUUAACUUCAGUGACAGUGUUUCUGCCCACCGCAGCAAGAGGAGAUGGUGACCUUCAGGGACGUGGCCGUGGUCUUCAGCGAGGAGGAGCUGGGGCUGCUGGACUCUGCCCAGAGGAAGCUGUACCGAGACGUGAUGCUGGAGAACUUCAGGAACCUGCUCUCCGUGGCACAUCAGCCCUUCAAACCAGACCUGAUAGCCCAGUUGGAGAGAGAAGAAAAGCUUCUGAUGGUGGAGACAGAACCCCAAAGAGAUGAAUAUCCAGGAAGCAACAUUCAGCAUAAGAAGGAGUGUGUUCAAGAAGUGGGAUUAAGUUACCUUUCUCCCAAAGAGCUUUCUUCCUGUCAGACCUGGAAACAAGGUGCUGUCCAGUUAGCCAGGUGUCAAGAUUCUAUGAAAAACUUUCAGGGAAAGAAUUUUCAGUGGCAGAAACAAAGUGAUUCUCCCUACCAGAUCGGGGCAGGAAUGCCAAUCCAGAUUUCUGAAGAUGGCAACUACAUAGUGACUCAUGUAGUGGAUGAUUCCAGUUACGUAAAAAAUCCGGAAUUUCCAUGCUUGAGAGCCCAGCACUCUUGGAGAAAAGUGUAUCUGGGUGAGGCCCACAAUCCUCGGUGUAAAUGUCAACAGAUUUCCAUGAAAAAUAAUUUCUGUAAGUGUGAGAGUGUCGGUUGGAUCUCGUAUCACAAUGGUAACCUGGGAGUACACAGAAUGGAAAACAGCUACAGUUGCAGUGACUGUGGAGAUCUUGUGGACGUAUCAUUUCUUAAUGAGAACUCAACUGAGGCAGAGCAGAAACCCUCCCCACGUACUGAGUAUAGAGAAGACUUCAGUGAUGACUACAGCACCGCCGUUCAUCGGCAGCUGCACCUAGAAGGGAAACCCUGGAUAUAUGGUCCAUGUGGAAGGGGCGGUAGUUGUAGGUCAGUUCUUGACAGUCAUCAGAGUGUUCAGAGAGAUGAAGACGACGUUGAAAGUUUACGUCUGCAAUCCCAUCAGCGAGCGUGUACAGAGGAAUUGCGUACACAUGGUGAAUGUGGCAAGAUCGUCAACCAUCACUCCUCUCCGAGCUCUUAUAAAGUCGCCCACACAGGAGAAAUAUCCCAGAAGUGUAGAGUUUUUGAGAAAGCCUUCAGUUGCAGCUUAAACCUUAAUAUUUUUAAGGUCCAUACUAGGGAAGACUCCUGUGGCUAUGAGGAGAGUGGAAACGUUUUUAAUCGGAAUGCAUGUCUUCAGGUUCAUCAGAAUUUCCAUGCUGAAGAAAACCUGUACACAAAUGUGGAGUAUGGAAAGGGUUUACUUUGUAGUUCAAAUCUUAACGGUCCACAUAGAGUUCACAUGGCAGCGAAUCCCUACAAUUCUGAGGAGUGUGGUAAUGACUUCAGCCUGGCCCCACACUUCCAGGACUGGCAGAUAGCUCACCCCAGGGAACAACCAUGUAAGCAUUAUGUGUACAGGAGUAACUGUAGUCAAAGUUCAUAUAUUCAAGGCCAUCAGAAGAUUCACAUUAGAGAAAAACCUCAUAAGGAGUGUAGAAAUGGCUUCGACUGGAAUUCAAAACUUAAAAGUCAUCAGAAAGCCAGUGCUGGACAGAAGCCAUACGUGUGCAGUGUGUGUGGCAAAGGCUUCAGUCACAGAUCAGUUCUUAAUGUUCAUCAGAGAGUCCACACGGGAGAAAAACCUUACAAAUGUGAGGAGUGUGAUAAGGGAUUCAGUCGGAGCUCAUACCUUCAAGCGCAUCAGAGAGUCCACUCUGGGGAAAAACCCUACAAAUGUGAGGAGUGUGGGAAGGGCUUCAGUAGGAACUCCUACCUUCAGGGCCAUCAGCGAGUGCACACUGGAGAGAAACCAUAUAAGUGUGAAGAGUGCGGUAAAAGUUUCAGUCGCAGUUCACACCUCCAAGGCCACCAGAGAGUCCACACUGGAGAAAAACCAUUCAGAUGCGAGGAAUGUGGGAAGGGCUUCAGUUGGAGCUUUAAUCUUCAAAUUCACCAGCGGGUCCACACAGGAGAGAAACCUUACAAAUGUGGAGAAUGUGGUAAAGGCUUCAGUAAAGCCUCGACUCUUCUGGCCCAUCAGAGAGUCCACACAGGCGAGAAGCCGUACCAGUGUAACGAGUGCGGUAAGCGCUUCAGUCAGAGGCCGUACCUUCAGAGCCAUCGGAGCGUCCACUCUGGAGAGAGACCAUAUGUAUGUGAGGUGUGUGGCAAGGGCUUCAGUCAGAGAGCGUAUCUGCAAGGUCAUCAGAGAGUCCACACGAGAGUGAAGCCCUAUAAAUGUGAAGUGUGCGGGAAGGGCUUUAGUCAGAGCUCACGCCUUGAAGCCCAUCAGAGGGUCCACACAGGAGGGAAACCAUACAAAUGUGAGAUGUGUACAAAGGGCUUCAGUGAGAGUUCACGGCUUCAAGCACAUCAGAGGAUCCAUGCAGAAGGGAGACCCUAUAAAUGUGAACAGUGUGGUAAGGGUUUCAGUGGGUACUCGAGUCUGCAGGCCCAUCACAGAGUCCACACCGGGGAGAAACCUUACAAAUGUGAGGUGUGCGAGAAGGGCUUCAGUCAGAGAUCAAACCUUCAAGCUCACCAGAGAGUCCACACGGGGGAGAAGCCGUAUAAGUGCGAUGCCUGUGGGAAAGGCUUCCGUUGGAGCUCGGGUCUUCUAAUUCACCAAAGAGUCCAUAGUGGUGACAAACUCUAUAAAGGUGAAGGAUAUAGUAAGGUUUACUCUUCCCCAGAGAGUCUACACAGAAAUGAAGUUUUGUAAAAUGAUGACCUGUUUGUUUUGAAGUCCUCAAGUGGGAGCUGAAAUUUUCCAGUCACGAGUUCUUUUAGUAGAAAAUAUUUUUUUAACAUGAAAAUGUAAUUUCCAACUUCAACAUCUGUGAUGCUUAGGAGGCCACACAACAGAGACCUUUAUUAAGAGGGGUUCUAUAACAGAUUUGCCAAAACUUUAAUAAGUUACUGCACAGGAACUGGGGCUUAUUAAUAUGAGUGUGGUCAGGAAUUUAGCAAAGCCACAGUGAUGAAUAUGCCUAACCCCACGGCCAGUGAGACAUGAGCUUGAUGAAAAACAGGACUUACCGCUAAGUCUACAGACCCGUGAUGUUUUGUAACUCAAUACUUUUUCCUAAAUGACUAAAUUAUGUAAAGGUAUAAUAUUUGAAAAUUUUAUUCAGCUAAUUUCAGAACAUUUCAGAGUGGAUUUGGAGGAGGAAUUAUGCAAAUACUGACAAUAUUACUUCAGUAAAUAUUAUUUGAAUGUUGAGCAUCAAGCAGUAUUGCUAUCUGAAGUACAUGAAUUUGGUUGUGACCCUGUUGGAAUCGGUUCCCAUCAUUUGUCCGGUCUUAAGGAUGAGCUGAAUUUCUUAAUAUUCAGUCUCUUUUUACACAGUUCACAGUCAGUGUGUGUGUGUUGUGUGUACGUAUAUGCACUUUAAAUGACAGUACAAACUGAUUAACAGUGUUUCUGGACGACUACAAAAAAUGGAAUGCUGCAUUUCACAUAAUUACAUUUUCUGCCCUCUGUAUCAAGGCAGAAUUUUAUUGUAACAUUUGGAAAGUGUCAGAAGUGGUUACUAAUGACCAAUAGUUUUAAAUAAAUGUCAGAGUUAUAAUGCUUGG